GCCUGUACUCCCUGUCUGUGGACAACUUCAACGAGGUUCUGGAGGAGUACCCCAUGAUGAGGCGGGCCUUCGAGACGGUCGCCAUCGACCGACUGGACCGCAUAGGUAAGAAGAACUCCAUCCUGAUGCAUAAGGUUCAGCACGACCUCAACUCCGGCGUGUUCAACAACCGGGAGAACGAGAUGAUCCAGGAGAUCGUCAAGUACGACCGCGAGAUGGUGAAACUGGUGGACCUUCAGCGCCCCAGGGCCAUGUCCAUGACCCCCUCUAUCCCCGGGGGCAUGUUCGCCCCGGGCCAGUCCCAGGGUGCCUCCGCCAUCGCCUCCCUCCAGCAGGCCGUGGCCAUGAGUUUCUGCCCCCAGAUGGCCAGCCCCUUGGCCGGGCCGGGCACCCUGCAGUCCCCUCGGAUGGUGCGGAGGUUCCAGGUGGUCCAGAGCCUAUCCAGCCCCGUCGCCAUAUCCCCCCUCCAGUCCCAGCCUCCCCAGAUGCCAGGAGGGGCGUUUGGGUCGGCGAUCUCCAGCCCGCCCAUCCAGAGCCCCUUGGCUGCACCGGGACGGACCUUCCAGUACAUGGCUGGCGUGGGGCCCUCGGGGUCCCAGCUGUCCCUGGUGCAGCACCACGGCCCCAGCCCCACGCACGUCCAGCACCAGCGGCCGUCUUCCCGCAAGAGCAGCCACUCCCUCCACUCAGGCACCCUGAGCCAGGACGGCCGUGCCCGCUCAGUCUCCCAGACCUCCCUGCCCCAGGAGGGCCCCUCACACGCUGCCUCCUCCGUCGCCCCCAGCCCUCCACCCUCCACCCGCACCUCCUCCGGAUCCCUCGGACCCCCCCAGACCGCCCACCCCAAUCUGCCGGGGCCCUCCGGGGUCGGGGUCGGGGCGGGGGCGAGGUCUGCAGGAGCUCCACAGAGGGUGGCUUUCGUCUCCACUCCUCCCCCGGGUGGCCCCCCCGGGAUGGGGGCGGCAGUGGCGGCAGCCGGCUCGGGGCCCCCUGACUCCGGGGCCCCUAAGAAAGAUUCCAUCGUCAGCCUGUCAGAGUUAGACUCUGCCAGAUCUCGUCUGUCUUCCAAUCUGUGACCCUGCCAGCCUGUGAUUGGCUCAGGAGAGAGGCCUUCCCUCGCCUGAGAGGGAAACACAAGUGUCUGUUCGAACUCCGGUGUCCGGCUGGCCAAUCACUGUCAGCCACGUUAUCCGACCACCCCAUUGGCUGCCGCCCACACCACCGAUCGCUCCGAUUGGAUGAUACACUGUGUGUCCGUGGCAACGGUGAGAAGGGGCGGAGGAAGUGUUGAGACCGGUGUUACCGUUUAGGAGGAGAGUCUCUACGACUGUAGUUUAACUGAGGCGGGGCUGGCCUUCUGCAGAGCCAGCUCCACCUCUAGUCUUAGUAUUAGCCCUUACGCUCUGCUUCCAAACACAUAUAUCGCUGUCUUUACUGUAAAGAUAUUGAGAAAAAGUAUAAUUAAUGUAACUGUCGCAUACUGUAUAGAAUCCAUGCAAUGCAAUCUAGCAGGAGCUGGACUGGAAAAUGAAAAAUCAGGGACUUAAGAUCAAACGACAAUGACUUUUUAACGCUUUCAAAAAAAGUGUUUUAUUUUGGGUGUGUGCCCCCCUCCCUCUCCCCCUCUCCCCUCUCCCCCUCU